GAGCUCUUCAUGCGAUAGCCUCUCUCUGCGCCACACCGUGGCGUGACGUCACAAGUCGAGCGGCGCAGAACGAUUCGUCGCUAUUGGACCUACUGAAGCCAUCGAGGUUCUUCUGUUCGGUACCAUUUCACCCUGGGCUUUAUGGUCCUACUUUCCAGGUCGGCGUCCAGAUAGCGAGAUACAGUGUGGAUUUUUUUAAAUCACCUUUUGGACGAACGCCUGGGAGAGAAAAAAAACAUUUCUGUAAGAACGAAAGUUGAGUCGAGAUGAGUGUGGAGGCGUACGGGCCAAGCUCCCAGACCCUCACCUUCUUGGACACCGAGGAAGCGGAGUUGCUCGGAGCGGACACCCAGGGCUCCGAAUACGACUUCACCGACUUUACCCUCCCGAGCCAGACGCAGACCCAGGGCCAGACCCAGAGCCAGUUGGACAUACAGGUGAACGGACCCGAUGAGGGGCUCCACAACGGCGGCGUGGAUGAUUCUGUGGCUAAAGCCAGUCAGCUGUUGGCAGAGCUGAAUUUCGAGGAGGACGAAGAAGACGCCUAUUACACGAAGGACCUGCCGGUGCAUGCUUGCAGCUACUGUGGUAUUCAUGAUCCGGCCUGUGUGGUGUACUGCAAUACCAGCAAGAAGUGGUUCUGUAACGGCCGUGGGAACACGUCUGGCAGCCAUAUUGUAAACCAUUUGGUGCGAGCCAAAUGCAAAGAGGUGACACUUCACAAGGACGGACCCUUGGGUGAGACGGUGCUGGAGUGUUACAACUGUGGAUGUCGCAAUGUCUUCCUCCUGGGUUUCAUCCCAGCCAAGGCGGAUUCUGUGGUGGUACUUCUCUGUCGGCAACCUUGUGCCAGCCAGAGUAGCCUGAAGGACAUCAACUGGGAUAGCUCCCAAUGGCAGCCACUCAUCCAAGACCGCUGCUUUCUCUCAUGGCUGGUGAAGAUCCCCUCAGAGCAGGAGCAGCUGCGUGCUCGUCAGAUCACUGCCCAGCAGAUCAACAAGUUGGAGGAACUCUGGAAGGAUAACCCCACUGCCACUUUGGAGGACUUGGAGAAGCCUGGUGUAGAUGAGGAGCCCCAGCAUGUGUUGCUGCGCUAUGAGGAUGCCUACCAGUACCAAAACAUAUUUGGUCCUUUGGUCAAACUAGAAGCAGACUAUGACAAGAAGCUAAAAGAGUCUCAGACCCAAGACAAUAUAACCGUCAGAUGGGAUUUGGGCCUGAACAAGAAGCGAAUUGCAUAUUUCACUCUGCCCAAAACGGAUUCAGAUGAUAUGCGUUUAAUGCAAGGUGAUGAGAUCUGCCUACGCUACAAAGGAGAUCUGGCCCCUCUGUGGAAGGGGAUCGGUCAUGUCAUCAAAGUCCCAGACACUUUUACAGACUACGGGGAUGAAAUUGCAAUUGAGUUGCGUAGCAGUGUCGGAGCCCCUGUGGAAAUCCCCCAUAACUUUCAGGUUGACUUUGUGUGGAAGGCGACCUCCUUUGACAGGAUGCAGAGUGCUCUGAAAACGUUUGCUGUGGAUGAGACCUCAGUAUCUGGAUACAUUUACCACAAGCUGCUCGGUCAUGAAGUGGAAGAUGUUACCAUUAAGUGUCAGCUGCCUAAGCGCUUCACUGCCCAGGGCCUACCAGAUCUCAAUCACUCACAGGUCUAUGCAGUGAAGACUGUGCUGCAGAGACCCCUCAGUCUCAUCCAGGGUCCUCCUGGUACUGGGAAGACCGUUACCUCUGCCACCAUUGUCUACCACCUGUCUCGUCAGGGCAACGGGCCGGUCCUGGUGUGCGCUCCCAGUAACAUUGCGGUGGACCAGUUAACUGAGAAGAUCGACAAGACUGGGCUGAAGGUGGUCAGGUUGUGUGCUAAGAGCCGUGAGGCUAUUGAGUCACCAGUCUCCUUCCUGGCGUUGCAUAACCAGAUCAGCAAUAUGGACAGCAUGCAAGAGCUACAGAAACUCCAGCAGCUGAAGGAUGAGACUGGCGAACUUUCUUCUGCUGAUGAGAAGCGCUACAGAGCCUUGAAACGCACGGCCGAGCGCAAACUGCUCAUGAACGCAGAUGUGAUCUGCUGCACCUGCGUCGGUGCAGGGGACCCUCGCCUGGCCAAAAUGCAGUUCCGCUCCAUCCUGAUUGACGAGAGCACCCAAGCCACAGAGCCUGAGUGUAUGGUGCCUGUUGUGCUUGGUGCAAAGCAGCUCAUCUUAGUGGGUGACCACUGCCAGUUGGGUCCUGUGGUGACGUGUAAGAAGGCAGCCAAGGCGGGGUUGUCACAGUCCCUGUUUGAACGCUUGGUGGUCCUGGGGAUCCGACCAAUUCGCCUGCAGGUCCAGUACCGAAUGCAUCCAGCUCUCAGUGCCUUCCCAUCAAACAUUUUCUAUGAGGGCUCCCUGCAGAAUGGUGUCACCGCAGCUGACCGCAUCAAGAAGGGCUUUGACUUUCAGUGGCCGCAGCCGGACAAACCCAUGUUCUUUUAUGUGACUCAAGGCCAAGAGGAGAUUGCCAGCUCCGGAACUUCUUACCUAAAUAGAACGGAGGCUGCAAAUGUAGAGAAAAUCACCACCAGGCUGCUAAAGGCUGGAGCCAAGCCAGACCAGAUUGGGAUCAUUACCCCUUAUGAGGGUCAGCGCUCCUAUCUGGUCCAAUACAUGCAGUUCAGUGGCUCCCUGCAUACUAAAUUAUAUCAGCAAGUAGAAAUUGCCAGUGUAGAUGCCUUCCAGGGCAGAGAGAAAGACUUCAUCAUACUGUCUUGUGUUCGUGCCAAUGAGCACCAAGGCAUUGGCUUCUUGAACGAUCCCCGUCGACUCAACGUGGCUUUGACCAGAGCCAAAUAUGGUGUGAUCAUUGUGGGAAACCCUAAGGCCCUUUCUAAGCAGCCACUGUGGAACAACCUGCUGAACAACUACAAGGAGCAGAAGGUCCUUGUGGAGGGUCCCCUCAACAACCUGAGGGAGAGCCUCAUGCAGUUCAGCAAGCCGCGCAAGCUCGUCAACACCAUCAAUCCUGGUGGCCGUUUCAUGAGCACAGCAAUGUACGACGCUCGUGAAGCUCUAAUUCCUGGCUCUGCCUACGAUCGCAGCAGUGCUGUUGGUCGUCCGUCCAACAUGUACUUCCAAACUCAUGACCAGAUUGGGAUGAUUGGCGCCGGACCUGGUCACAUGGCUGCAAUGAAUCUCCCAAUACCCUUCAACCUGGUGAUGCCUCCCAUGCCGCCGCCCAGCUAUCUCGGCCAGACUAACGGCCCUGCUGCAGGCCGUGGAGCAAUGAAGGGUAACAAGCCUGGACGCGGUGGGCGACAGAGACCCCGUGGUUCAGCAGCCCAGGCUGGUCAUGGACCACACAGCCAAGCCAGCCAGGAUGGAUCCUCCCAGUCCUUCUCACAGGGGCCACUGACUCAAGGCUACAUAACAAUGAGUCAACCUUCCCAGAUGAGCCAGCCUGGUUUGUCACAGCCAGAACUGUCACAGGACAGUUACUUGGGUGACGAGUUCAAGUCCCAAAUCGACGUGGCUUUGUCCCAGGACUCGACUUACCAGGGUGAACGUGCAUACCAACAUGGUGGGGUGACCGGUCUGUCACAGUACUAGAGUGUUACUUGAAGAAGUGAGCUAGGCUUGAGCUGAGCUUUAGUUCACUAGCUUUUUAAUCUGGGAAAUAAUAAAAUCAUAAAAAGGAUACCUGUUUUCCUCUGCUACAACCGAAGCACCACCGAGUGAAAGCGACGGAAUAGCAAACCAAUGACCAGCGAGAGAAAUAAGAGGGUAGAAGAAGAGCACGGACAGACAGGCGCAGAGAAGGCGAGAGGCCGGUGGACAAGCGAGAGGCAGGGGCCAGUGCCGGUGCGAGGAGGGAAGUCGAGAAGAUGGCGACGUGUCGUCAAGCUGCCGAGGAGGAAACCAGAUGGGGAGGGAAUGCAAAUGAGGCUCACGUUCCAAACCCAAAAGCCCAACAAACACUCUUCACCUUGCAGCCUCCAGGAACUCCGUCGGAUGACAAUACAAGUUUCCUGGCUGAAUUUUGAAGAGUUGGUUCUCCGGACUUGCAGGAGGCAAGAUCUUAGAAAGUGAUCCAACAGGCGAUACAAAAAUCCUCAUCCUAUAUGUCUGCAGGUUUUCCAUCACGUGAUGUCCUGGACUGAUCUAAAUUUGAUGGAUCGUGGGAGGAGUAGGAGGAAGGCGCGUACACAAUCCUUCACAGCCUCUGAAGGAAGUGGCAGUCGACACACACGCUCUCCUAAGAGAGGAAAGCAAACACUUUCUGUGCUUGAGUCGGAGUUCCUUGAAAUUGGAAGACCUUCCAUUUGCCUUGGGGACCUCCUGGCUCUUUUAACCGAGUCUUCUAAAGGAGUGGUUUUGAACCAUCAGAGUGGCGAGGGGAUUUCAAGACUUCUUUUUCAAGGCAUGACAUACAAAUCCCACACUCGUGAUUUGAGACCUUUUUUUCCCCUUCUUUUCUGAAGUAGCUUUUUAAUCAUGGAGCACAACAUUGGAACAACAACAACAAACCACAAAACAAGUGAUUGAUGACUCGUACAUGACCAGCUUUGUAUAUGAGAUUUUCUGAUAGAGUAGCGAUAUGAGACCAGCCGUUUACUCUUUGUCUGAGCUGAUGUAGGAAAAUACCUUGUUUGGUGAUUCCUUUGGGGAGUCGAGGCAAAACCCCUGCUUUGGUGAAGGAAGCCACAUCCACCAUGGAGCUUGUGGUAAUCAAGCACACACACACACAAACACACACGAGGGGGAGACAAGGAAGGUGGCUCAGGAGGAAUUGGACAUGAGUUACUGGAUUGUGUCAGUUUGAAGCUUUUAGAUCAAAAGUUGAUGGUUGUCACCCAUCGAUAAAGAAACCAAAUCCCCCAAAAUGGCAACAUUUUCAGGGGAUAAGAAAUAAUGAAGUCAUGAUUUGCAAGUGAAUCCUAAUCCGUAGGGACAUUUAUGAGUGCAUUUAAAUAUGUCAGUGGACAUGGACGGGCAGUUGUUCCCCUGAAAGGUGACAAAGGAGCCUAAAUCAGUGCCUAUACGUUAAGAAAAAGUGGCUGCAGCACAAGCAUGAAUGUAGUUCUCCCAAAACAACCAGCAUUUAUGCCCCUUUUACACAAAAGAGGGCUCAACUUUUAUUUUUAUAUCUGCAAAACGAGGCCAAAUGAGUUGAGAUGCUGGGUCGGAAGCCACCUUCCUUCUCUGUGGAGUGAAAUGUAUGGACUUUUUCCUUCUGUGCAAACUUUGUUGCGUAUUUCUUGUUGACGUCCUCUCUGAGCUUAUAUGGGUGGUAAAUCAGAGCAGGUAACCCUUGACUUCAGUUGGCUUCUGUCACAUGAUGUGCUGUUUUCUUGUGUUUCUAGCAACGUAUUGGCAGUGGGAAUGCUCUUUUUUAUUAUUAGAUUCCUCCAUCUUUCUCACACUUCUUGUGAUUCUAGUUUUGUAAUCGAGUAGUUGCUUUCACACGUGACAUGCAUUCACAAAUCACUUUUGACAGUUUUAAUAUGCUCCUAACAUGUACUAUCUUUAAAUAAAUAAAAACCUGCUGUGGA